AUGGACCAACCGUCAACAUCGAAUAGUCGACCGGAAGAGGAGGAAUAUGGAAAUAUUCUGGAGCACGACGAUGACUUUCCAGAAGAAGAGGAAUACGAUCAUAGUCAAGAUUUGGAUGACGGAACGAUAGCUGGAGUUGAUAUUAAACCGCAUUUAGCGACUCUAGGACGGGUAGACGAAGGAGGAAAUGAUCAUGCUGCGCCGGCUUUAGAAGAUGAGGAUUUAGUCAAUGCCAUCAACAUGUUCAUGAGAAACGAGUACGAUUAUGAUCAAUUCAUGAGAGUCACCGGUGGGCAAACGUUGCGAGAAGAGUUGGGAACGAAACGGAAACGUCCAGCUCCAGAUGAUAUGGACGAAGAGGGAGAGGAGAUCGACACGGCUGAAGACGAUGAGGAUGAUGAGGAUGAAGAUAGAGAACUGAUGGGAGAAGUGGAAGAUAUGCCACAUCCUAAUUAUAUGGAUGAGCCGCCUUCAGGCGUAGAUAGAUAUAAUGCACUUCCAGAAGAAGCUAGAUACAUUAUGACACAGUUAAUGUCCGGUGAGAGACGUCCAGCUGAGGAAACUUCAUCACCUCUAAACUUGGCUGAGGCGUUGAAAAAUCAAUUCGAUCGAAAUAGCGAAGAACGCGCUGCACCAUUGAAACAGGUGAAGUUGGAGCCUCAUGGUGGAGAAGCCAGCUCGUCAACUGCUCCAGCAGAAAGUCAUCGUGAUCGUAAGAAGGGAAAACGAUUGGAUUCGCUACUUGGAAUGGCCAAUGUCUAUGCAGCACAAGGAAACAUCACUGGUGCUAUGGAAUUGCUUCGAGAAGUCAUUCGUACUGAUCACAGACAUGCCGUCGCCUAUCAACAGAUUGCGACAGUCUAUGAACAAGAGGGUGAUCGCGAGAAAGCACUUCAAUUCGGAUUGUUGGCGUCUCAUCUGAAUCCAAAAACCCCCGCCGAUGACUGGGUUCAUUGGGGAGAUGAAGCGAACAAACUGGGAAGAAUAGAGGAAGCUGCCGUCUGUUACGAUAGAGCUAUUCAUUUGAACAAUGAGAACUGGCAGUAUUACGAGAAAAGAAUCGAAAUGCUUGAUCAACUGAAUCUGAGACCAUUGGCAAUGAAGACGCGCCUUCAAGCAGCACAAUUGAUUAAUAAUGAGAUUUUGCAAGUCGAUUUUCAGUGGUUCCGUGAAUUGAUUCGUAAAGUUGCUCAAUAUUAUAUCACCAUGAAUGAUGAAGAUAAGGCGAUUCAAUCGUUGGAAGCUUUCGUAUUGCGGAGUAGAGAGUUCGGAGAAAAUGCAGAAGCUCAACAUGAUACUCUCGUUGGAAUGUAUAUUGCGAGAAAGAAGUUUCAACAAGCUGGUAAAUCGAUUCUUUCGUUGUGUGAAGGAGUGAGAGCUCUCUUUAUGCCUUCCAAAGAGCCUGCAUGCUUGAUCACCUACACAAACGGAACAUAUGAAUGUAUCCCAUUCCCACCGAUCGGAAAUGUACAAUACGAAAUCGUUGAGCAAGCGUUCCCAGUUCGAAUGCAUUGUCAUCUCGUUUUCUGUCUCUUCAGUCUCAAUGAGAUUGAGCAGUCAUCUGAUUUGGAGGCAAAACUUUUGAAUAGAACGUUCGAGAUGGAAGAAGACGAGGCGUGUUUGCUGGACGUUCCUAGGCUUUACAAGAAUCAAGGAAAUCCGAAGUUUGCGAUGAAAUUCCUCGAGAAAUUAAGUGAUAACCCAAGCUACAAGUAUGAGGAGUCUGGAGCGUACUGGUAUUUGAAGGGAACGCUCGAGAUGGGACAGAAGAAUGACGCAGCAGCUAUGGAGGCAUUCAACAAAGUGUUGCUGUUGCAACCGGAUCAUGUAGACAAUCGAAUUCAUCUCUCCACUCUUCAACAAAAAGCGGGACUGUUUGAUGCAGCUCUUGAAACUCUCGAAAAUUACGAUCUGGAAGUUGGAUCAGCUCUACCGGACGAACGUCUUCUCGCUCGUCGAUCUGAUGUACUUUUCGAGUCGGGAGACUCUGACCAAUUCGUUCGUAUCACACGAAUGAUGCUCGCUCCACACUUUUAUAGAGUGUAUGUAGCUCCUGAAGUGCUCAAGAAGCGUCGUGUGGCAAAAGGAAAAUUAACAACUCCUGCUCUGAGCAACACUUUGAAGACAUGUGCAUUCAACGUGAUUAAGCAUACCAACUGGGAGCGUUUAGUGAAACGACUCGGAGCCAUGGUUGAAGCAAAUGGAGUCUACACUACAACACUUACAGGAACUGAUAUACACGACUACUGUCUCAAAUUGAUCGAAUGCUUGAAUAAAAUGGAGAAACAUCAAGACGCUCUCAUUGUCUGUUGCUAUGCAUUCCUUCAUCCAACACUUUUCAAAGCUGAUAAAACAACUACAUUCCAAAAUCUAGUAUACUACUGCGCUAUUAAAGCUCGUUGUUGGAAUCUAGCUUUUGAAUAUGUCCGGUUCUACUACACUUUCGCUUUGAUGGUUCCCACUGAACCUGAAAACGCGAAGCACGCCGAUAUGCUUCAAAAGAGACUUUUCAAUGCGAUGAACUACGUUUUUGUUAAUUCUCAAAACGUCUGCUACCACCGUUUCAUCAUGAGAGCUCUCGUAAAGAACAAGGAUAAUCACGCACUUCAAGCGAUCUCUGGAAAUAACUCAUUGAUUACUGGAACUUAUCGACACGCGAUGGGAGAAUACCUUCGUGUUUGGGUGAACAACAGACGGAACCCACUCAUUUGUCUCUUACUCGCACUCACUUUCACUCACAUGUCGUGCAAAAAAGAUCUCUCAAGUCGACAUCUCAUCGGAAUUCGAGGAAUCGCAUUCAUGAAAAAGUACUCGAGAGUACGAACUUGCAAUCAAGAAGUCUAUUACAACAUUGGAAGAAUGUUUCAUCAAAUGUCAAUUCUUCCUCUUGCCAAACACUUUUACGAUAAAGUUCUUCAUGCGGCUCCUCCGAAUGUGUUCGCUUUCGACGAUGAUGGCAACGAGAUUAUUGUUCCCGCAGAAAAAUACGAUCUGAGAAAAAUGGCUGCUCACAACUUGGCCCUUAUCUACAGAACCUCUGGAAAUCACUACGCUGCACGGGCAAUUUAUGAAAAAUAUCUCGUUGUUUGA